CCGUGUUGUUGAGUCAGGUUUUAAUGCAGUUCGGUAACUUUAAAACCCGCUAACUUCUGGCUAAUGUUCUGUUAGCUGAAGCUAACUUUAGCUUAGCUUGAUGCUAACUGACAGUUUAUCUACUUUAACUAAAUGCUUUUUUUUUUAGUGAAACACGGACAAGUGAGCUGGUUGUUGCUGUAUUAAAAGUUUAUCCAGCCGCAGCUGUCGACAGUCUCCGGUAACUGAUCGAAAAGAACUUGUUGCUGAACGUCAGUGAACCUGAUAAUAAACGAUCAGCUGUUUCCUUCGGUCCCGUUUAUUCACCGGUGAAGAUGUUUGUGCUGUAAAACGCUUCUGUGAGGAGAAGCAGAUGUUUUAUGAAGUGUUCAGAUCCUUUAAAAGUAAAAGUACGGCAUUGAAAUUGUUACUUCAGUAAAAGUUCAAAUAUAUUUUCACGCCACUUCUGCUCCACCUCAGAGGAUGAUGUUUUACUUUUUACUUCACUAACAUUUAUUUAUCUGACAGCUUCAGCUACUUCACAAAGUCAGAUUUUAUAAAAUAUGAUGUUUUGUUAUAAAUUAAACUCCAACAGUUUGUACAAGUAAAGCUAGUACUUAUAUACAAGUAAAAGUACUGCAUUGAAAAUGUCAGUUUUUAAGUCUAAUCAGGAAAAUGUAUUUAAAGUUUUAAAAGUACCCUGUUGUGUAUAUAAUAAUGUGGAGAUUUUAACAUUAUGGUGAUGAUUUCCCCCUUUUUUUUUCUAGAAAUGUUAUAAAUUUCAUUGUUAGUUUACAUCUGUAUUAUUGAAGUAUGAAAUUGUUGUCUUUUGGACCGAUUGCUGGGCCAUAUGUUGUAUGAUUUAUGAUUUUUGUCCUCUAUUCAUCUAUUGUGUUUAUCAAUCCUCUAAGCUAUUUGUCUUGAUAUAUAAGGUAGCAGCCAGAUCUGACAGCACGUCUGUUCGUGUCAGUGCACUUCAUGAUAUUGUUUUGAUGGACAUUCAGGAUACAGAAAUCUACAUUCAUCCCAUGGAAAUAUGAAUGAAUGUUUUGGAAGGGCUGCCUUAUUUUAUGAGGAAGUAGGAGAUUGGUACAGACAAAUAAGUCACCUUCUACAAAAGAUGGCAGUAGAUUCUCUUCCAUCUAUCUGUUUUCCUUUUUUCUCCCUGCGUGAAAUGUAACUUCAGUUUUUGAAAUGUGUGAGAGAAAAACAGUCGCCGGCUUCUUUUGUAGUUUAUUAAUUUAAAAAGAGAGUGUGCAAAUUAAUCAACAACAUGAGGACUUUAUGUCCAUUAUGGAAAAUGUGCCAGAUUUAGCCACAUCUGCAGUCCCCGGCAGGUUGUUGGGCCCCUGAUGGAGAACUGAUGUCUCCCAUGUGUCUCAACCACACGACACCUAAAAGACAUUACAAAAACAGCACAUGCAUCGCCAUGGAGGAGUUAACCCGUCUGGUUUCGACAGGAGACUGUGUGAAGAUCUGGGAUGCGGUUUCCAUGGCGCCGCUGGAGCAGUUUAACCCACACAGCGUCAGCCACCCUGUCGCCCAGGCCUGCUGGAGCUCCAACAACCAGUACCUGGUCAGCGCCAGCAGCAGCGGAGACAAGCUGGUGGUUUCCAGCCUCAAGUCCAGUCCUGUUCCUGUGGUGGAACUGGCCGACGGGAAAAAACAAACCCGUGCGUGUCUGAGCUCGUCGUCUCAGUUCCUGGUCAGUGGAGGUCUGGAUCACUGUGUUCACAUCUGGGACCUGAAGACAAAGAGAGUUCACCGCUCCCUCAAGGACCAUAAAGAAGAGGUGACCUGCGUGUCCUUUAAUGCCAAUGACAGCUGUGUCGUCUCCGGUUCCACCAGCGGAGACCUGGUCCUCCACAGUCUGACCACCAACCUGUCCGGCAAAGCCUUCGGACACGGCAGCGACCAGCCCAUCCAUGACCUGAGGCUGUCCACGCUGAAGCGCUCGCUGCUUGGCAGUGUUUCUGACAGCGGCACGGUGGUCCUCUGGGACGCCAACACCCAGAAGGAGCUCCAUGUGUUCGACGGCGCCCACAAAGCCCCGGGCUCCGGCCUGGCCUUCUCCCCCGCCAGUGAACUGCUGGUGGUCAGUGUCGGUCUGGACAAGAAGAUCAUCUGCUUCGACACGGCCAGCAAGAUUGUCCUGAGGUCGAUCCGGGUGGACAGUCCUCUGACCUCGGUAGACUUCACUCCGGACGGUACUGGUCUGGUAGUCGGGUCCACUCAGGGGAAGAUCUACCACUACGACCUGAGGAACUCCAGCACCCCCACCAGGAUCACCGUGGCACAUAAAACCUCCGUCACCUGCCUGCGCUUCCAGAGCAGCAGCAGACACAAGUCCAGUAAACUGGCCUCCUCCAAGACUUCCAGUAUGAAGAGAUCCUCAACCAAGCUGCUUAACAGCCAGCCGGACCCCGCCCCCAGCACAGGCCCCACCCCACCCAGACACUUGACGAGCACAGAUCUUUGGUCAGACGAAAUAAGACAUUUAAAGACAUCAGCAGGGGGCGCUGGUGCGGAGGUGAUGUCCCGGGAGGCUGAAGGCCAGCAGGGGACGGAGCAGCUUCCUGCUGCGGAGAAGUUCAGCUGCGUCGGACGAAACAGUCUGGACUUCUUCUCUCCUGUUCGAGAAGACUCUAGGACCCAGGGGACGACCGGAGACGCCCAGUUUGGGAGAACACACGUUACCAGUCUGGAGAUGCUGUCCAGAGACGGGGAGGGUCAGCAGCUCACCGGGCGGGACAGUCUGGACAUGUUCUCCCCCGUCAGAGACGACUUUUGUUCAGGUGCCAACUCUCACCGUAAGACCCCCCUGGGAACGUCCCUGCUAGCCUCUGGAGGGCGCUGCUACUCCCCGCUGUCUGUCUUUCAGACCCCACCAUCAAUCAGAGAGGAGGAGCCGGGCUCGGCUGUAGCAGCUGAACCAUGUGACUCCAGAAAGUCGGACCAAGCCGGCAGCAGCUCCGGCCUGGAGGGCGAGUGUCAGGCCACGCCCACACCACCCCAGCAGACCAAUCGCAGCCAGCCAGCCCCGUCCUUCUCCUCUAUAGAACCCAGCCUCUGGAGACCCAACGGUAUUCAAGCUCAGCUGAGCAGCGACUCACCUGUCCAGGGAGCUCCACCCACCACCGCAGCAGGUCCGGCUCUGUCGGCGGCCGUCUCCUCCUCUCUCUCCCAGAACAUCGCGGAGGUGGUCGGACAGGCCGGAGCCGCUCCUUUCACCUCCCUGCAGAUCCACUUCAUCCAGAACAUGAUCCACGAGACUCUGGAGGACUUAAGGGACGCCUGUCACAGAGACAUCGUCAACCUGCAGGUGGAGAUGAUCCGACAGUUUUACAUCCAGCUGAACGAGAUGCACUGCCUGAUGGAGAGAUACUCUGUGAACGAGUCUCUGGUGGAGGAGAUCGAGAGGCUGAAGGAGGAGAACCGCAGGCUGAGGACCAACUACUGAUCCAGAGAGGACCCGUCGGGCCCCGAGUUGAGCCUCUCAGGCAGCGCCUCCUCCCUCAGCAAGCUGACGUUUAGAUUAGAGGUGGUUCUGGCAAAGAGGGUCUCAACCUGGGGCAACAGAGUCUGGGGUCAGAACUUUGCCUUCCUGUUGUGGUUGCUGCUGCACGAAGAGGCCGAACACAACCGCUCUCUCUUCAGUCAGAGCGGCUGAACGGCAGCGACGCCUCCUGGAGCCGUGGACGAAGGCAGCGUCUCAGAUGCGAGUGAAGCUGAAGAACGAAAAGACUGAUGAAACAAGUCCGUCAUCUUGUGGUGUCAUUUAAAAAAAAAAAAAAAAAACAGAUUUUGGACUCUGGUUCGUCUGAGGGUGACGGUGUCGCAGUAGUUUGCACGUUUAGACGGAUGUUCAUCAGCAGCCGGCGGCUUCCUGUGUGCCUGUAUCAUGUUUUUAUCAUGAGAAACAUUUUGUCUAAAGAAUAAAAAAUAAAUAACAUUGAAAAAACCCCAGAA